AUGGCAGCAUCCAAAGCGUGGGCUGUAGUUGCUGGUGCCACUGGUCCUUGGGAAAUUUUCUGGCUUACUGAAGCUACCAGAGGUGCUUGUGUCGCCCGGAAGUUUGCACAAGCCUACCCUGUCGCUCUGCUUGCCCGGAAGCCGGCGAACUACGAACCCAUCGUCCAAGAAAUUGAAGCAGCGGGCGGAAAGGCAAUUGGCAUCAGCACGGAUGUAUCAGACUCGGCGAGCGUCAAGAAUGCUUUUGAGAAGCUAGAUAAAGAGAUGGGCGAUGCUCAGUUGGCAGCUGCUGUGUUCAAUGUAGGAGGAAGCUUCAUCAAGAAGCCCUUCCUCGAACUAACCGAAGAGGAGUUUUUGAGCGGUAUGGAUGCUAAUGGCAAAGGUGGUUUUCUCUUUUCCCGAGCCGCUUUACCACUUCUCUUGAAAGCGACCAACCUCGAAUAUCCCCCCACCUUGAUCUUCACAUCUGCCACUGCAGCUAUGAAAGGCUCCGCAUAUUGCGCAUCCUUCUCGACCGGCAAGUUCGCUAUGAGAUCACUGGCUCAGUCCCUGGCUAGGGAGUUUGGCCCACAGGGUGUUCAUGUAGCACAUGCAAUCAUUGACGGAGUCAUCGACAUCGAGAGGACAAAAGCAUGGAAAGUUUCGGAUGCGCCUGAUGCCAAAAUCAGUCCACAUGCAAUUGCGGAUUCUUAUUGGUUCCUACAUACCCAGCAUAGGUCGUGCUUUACGAAUGAGAUCGAUAUCAGGCCUUAUGUGGAGAAGUGGUAA